GGCAGGAUGGCGGGGUCUGGAGAGGGGAAUAGAGCGGGGAAUUCUCCCCGGGGUGAGACAGACUGGGAUCUGAAGCUGUAGCAGGAAGGCUCGCUCCGUCGGCACCAUGACAGAAGGGUUUGACUGUACUAAGUGCCGGGAGUCGCUGUACGGAAGGAAAUACAUUCAGACGGACGGCGGCCCUCACUGCGUCCCCUGCUAUGACAGCCACUUCGCCAACACGUGCGCCGAGUGCAAGGAGCUCAUCGGUCACGACUCCCGCGAGCUGUUCUAUGAGGACCGCCACUACCACGAGCACUGCUUCCGUUGCUUCCGCUGCGACCGCUCCCUGGCAGACGAGCCCUUCACCUGCCAGGACAAUGAGCUGCUGUGCAACGACUGUUACUGCAGCGCCUUCUCUUCUCAGUGCACGGCAUGCGGGGAGACAGUCAUGCCUGGAUCCCGCAAGCUGGAGUACGGAGGCCAGACGUGGCACGAGCACUGCUUCCUCUGUAGCGGCUGUGAGCAGCCCCUGGGCUCCCGCUCCUUCGUCCCUGACAAGGGCGCUCACUACUGCGUGCCCUGCUACGAGAGCAAGUUCGCCCCGCGCUGUGCCCGCUGCAAGAAGACGCUGACCCAGGGCGGGGUGACCUACCGGGACGAGCCGUGGCACCGCGAGUGUCUGGUCUGCACGGGCUGCGGCAGCCCGCUGGCCGGGCAGCAGUUCACCUCCCAGGGGGAUGACCCCUACUGCGUGGCCUGUUUCGGGGAGCGCUACGCCCCCAAAUGCAGCGGCUGCGGCCAGCCCAUCACAGCAGGCCUCGGAGGCGGGAAGUACUUGUCCUUCGAAGAGCGACACUGGCACCAGGACUGCUUCUCCUGCGGCCGCUGCGCCACCUCCCUCGUGGGCCAGGGCUUCGUGCCGGACGGCAACCAGCUGCUGUGCCGCGCCUGCAGCGAGGCCGACCCCUGAGCCGCCCAUCCCACCCGCCCCCUCCUGUGGUCUGGGGGCUCGCCUUGCUUCCCCUCGCGGGGGGCUCCUGCUCCGCCCGUGCGUCCCCCCUCUCUGCCCCCCCCACCGGACCCCUUCCCCCUUGCCCGCGGAUGCGUCUUCUCCCCAUCCCCUUCCACGUGGAGGCCGGAGCCGGGGGAGGAGCGAGGUUGGGGACGGGCCCGAACUCUGGUCAGGAAGCGGCCUUCUUCCUCACCCCACAAAACGGGUCCCUCCGUUUCGUUUCCUCCCUCGUCCCCCCCCGGGCCCCGGGGGCGGGGGCGGUUGGGGGAGGGCCGGCCCGCUCCGUCCCCCUCCGUCCCCCAUCUCGCUUCUGCAAUAAACUGAU